GUCCGUAAAUAAGAGGUGAGGCGGGCAUUACAUAACCCCCUGUGUCGCAUAUUUGGUUUCUUGUUGAUAAAAAAUUAAUUCGAGUUGACUCGGAUUAUCGUAGAGAUCUGAAAAUGCAAAAUGUUUAAACUUUCGGCACGUCAAGCCUUUCUCGGAUCCUCCGUAACCCGUGGAGCUAUCAUCAUGCCGCUUCGUCUCACUUAAGAAAGUGAUUGAUGAAGAAUCCGCCAUGAAGAGGCGAAGGAUCCACGGUUCCGAGACUGCAUCGUAAUGGCAUUCAUAUUUACGUAGCGUGGCGAAAUCGCCGUGUGCCGCCGGUCGUGCGCCCCUUAGAAGCGGGGUGCAGCGCGGGGCGCACGGUCGUGUUCCACGCGCUGCGUCAUGCCAGCGUGACCGCGACGACUACGACGACGGUGUCGCCUUGCGUCCUGGUCGGCCAAGUGACGACGGCCGCGGGUCUUGCCCGAGAAAUGACUCAGAGGCACCGCGCUCCGUCUACGCUCCGGCGGCGGCGACGGGGUGAUUGCGAGGGGGUGGAUGCCGCGGAGCAACGUCGCCACGCCGCGCCGCACCACAGCUAGGCACAUCACACCGCGCGGCGCAAGGGCCGGCGCGGCGGUCAAAGGGGGUGGAAACGUGGCACGGCCGUAUUGCGCAGAACGCCGGCGCUCUGGCGUCGCGACGACCCUCGUCGGGGUGAGUCAGGCCGGUCGUUGCUUGGUUGCCCGCGCCUUUCCGCCACGGUACGCGGCACAAUCGCACGGUGCACGAUACGGCGCGACGGCGCGAGCGCGCGAUCGUCGGUCCCACCAUCUCUCGCCUACGUCCGGAGUGCGCCUCCGUUGUCGGAUCCUGGAAUCGCGCGCGCCAAACCCUUCGCGAUCGGGCGAGGGAGUCUGGACGCGCCGGCGGCGUGCCGCUCUGAGCGACCACGACGACGACGACGACGACGACGACGACGACGACGACGAGGGCCGCUAGAUCGCGAGAGGCGCGGGGGGGAUCCACGCGGCCGGAGGACAGAGCGAUAGAGAGGGAGAGACAGAGAGGAAGAGAGCUACGGGCAAGUCAGGUUCCGUGGCGGCGACUAUGCGCGUCAUCGAUCGCGCGCGCCUCCGCGAUCGGCCGGAGAUGUGAUACCGGAAGUAGGCCAGGCAGGGUUGACCUGCGUGGGCGUGCAGGUACGCCACGUACGUGCUAACGUGCGUGCGUGCCGUGCAUAGGCCGCAGGUGUGCUGCGCGGGCCCGCGGGGGGGCCAGCAGUCGUAGAGAUGAGCGUCGCCGCGACCAUCUGCCCGUCGCCGACGUACCCGACGUCAGGGACCAACCCCUGCUGCACCACCACCACCGCCGCCGUGCGGCUGCUCUGCGUCGUCCUGGUCUCCUCCUGGAUUAUCCUCGACCAGCCGGCCCUGGGUCUGCCGGGUCCGUCGGAGCUCACGACCGCGAAAGGUCUAUCCGGUAGGGGCAAGAAAAAAUUUGGCGACGACUGUCAGGACGACAAAGAGUGCGGCUUCGAUGGUUCCUAUUGCGAACCGAAGAAGAAGUGCGGUUGCAAGGAAGAAUUUGAGGCUACGAACCAUAUCGACAAGUGCGGGCACGCGGCGAAUGUGAACGAGUCCUGUUUUUUCCGCGAGCAAUGCGAGGCACGGGUGAGCCAAACGGAAUGUCGCGACGGCCGAUGCAUCUGUCUCUUCGAGAUGAUCCCGGUGGCGCAGACGAACGGUGGAAUAACCUGCGUAGCCGAGGUCAAAGAGACACCCAGCCUCCGGUACAUCGAUCCGGCAAUGAUCGGCGUUCUCGUUGGCAUGGCACUGAUGUUUGUCAUCAUUUGCGUCGUUCUUAGACUCUUCAGCAAGGCCCGCUGGCGAGAGAACCGCACUAUCUUUAAUACACCCAACGCCCGACUAAUGAACGUCUCGCUGCUGAGAGAGAACAAACUCUUACACGCUGAGAGACGCGGUUCGAGGGCGAGCGUACGAGCUCCGUCGAGACAGCCUUCAAUGGUGUCCUUGAGGGCCCACUCGCCGACCGCCUCGCAAGGUGCGAAACACUCUCACCACUCACAGCACAGAAUGAGCCGGUCACGCACAGGAUCGCGACGUGGGAGCCACAACAGCAGCGGGAACGCCUCGGCCGCCUCGGUGAAAUCUAACAAAUCUCCGAAUCAUACGAACAACGUCACCGACCCGGUCCUGGAGAGCGUCACCGUCGAGAUUCUCGACGCGAAGGCAUAAGAUAGGACCACCCACCUUUAGCACAAACGAUUCCGAUCGAAAACACAAACACACACACACACACACACACACAUUUCCGUUUUAUCACUAGUCCCGCGUAGAUUAACGCGCGGCGCUACAUCGCAUAGAUCGCCGUCCGUGAAUAAAUCUCCAAUCCGCGUACAUAAAUUGGCCAGGCUCGGUCUCCAAGUUUCCGUUCAGCGGCUGAGGGACGAAAAUUUAACGUUCGAUAAUGCAAAUGUCAUUGGUAAAUACUUCGCCUAGAUAAAUCGCGACGUGAACGCCGACGACUCGUGUCCGAUGUCGGGAUCUCGGCGAGGCCGAGGUGAUAAAUUAUCAGUAAUUGGGGAUCGCCUAAGUACCUAUUGCCGCUGCGUUUCAACGGUAGCAGGAGAACCAUCCGAUUAGAUUAAUCGCGGAGGGGGUCUUUUCAGCGUGUCUCUCUUUUGAUAUAAUUCGAUAUUCCUCUACGUAUCUAGUGGAGCACGAUUGAGUGACGAUCAACGGGAUAUCCGUUUCCGUUCAAUCUCUCUUAUUUGCUGAUAGGACUCGCUGAAUCGGGAAGCCGUCUCAGAAGUAGGAAAGAAAUGUAGCUUAUUACAAGAUAGGACGUAAACUGUCAGUAAUGGAACGCCUACCAUGCCGUUUUUAGCGAUAGCAGCUGUGACUAGAACCUGAACGAUUAGCGAUCGCACGGCUACAUCAGGUAUGGAUCAAUUGUCCGUCUUAGCACGGGACGCUGACGAGAACGUUUUCAAGAACAGGGAAUCGUUUACCAGCGACGCGCGCGACUCGAUACAAUAUCGUACAAGAUAUUUCGGGGAGAGACUCGGCUCCGUUUGAAGAACACCGCGAGAACGGAGCGAGAAUAGUCGCUCGUUUCUCUUCACACCGCGACAACGUGACUCUGUGUUGCUCGCCCGACUAUUCGAUGCGGUUUCUCGCCCGUUCGCCACGUGAUGGCUGUUUCAAUCGUUUCGGGAACCAAAGCGCGCCAACGUGACAAUUGCGGCGAUGGACAAUUAUCGGAACACACACGCGCACGCCUUUCGGACCAAAGCGGUUUUACCACCGCGCAUUCGGUCGUUCCGUUUAACGCGAAUGCACGUGACGCACGUAACGCGUAAUUGGUACCGUCGUAAAUCGUACGGAGAACGCGGUGCGCGCGCCCGCGGAACAUCCCGCGGGGGACCAAUCGGGAGGAAACGCAACGUAACGUAGAUUGUGAGGCGCGGCGAUUGACUGAAUUGUCGGUUCGCGUAUACAGCAGCCAGCUCUCGUUACUAUUAAAAGAAAAGUACAAGCGGCGAUAGUUUCCCUUCAGAAUUCACGAUGUAGAUCACAUUAGGGAUCGAAGCGAGGACAAGUCAUUCGUACCCAAGGAAAAAUGAAAGGUCAAGACGACGUCAAUUUGAUGUCGUAUUGACGAAAAUGUGACAUAAAUUUGGUCAACAUGACGUCAAAUUGACGUCGUCUUGGCUAUUCAUUUUCCUCGGGUAGUGUCGACGCGAUUGAUCGGUAUCAUCGAUCAGACGCGCAUGCCUUUUCCCUGAAAGUUUUUUUUCGGUGUGCGUCGAGACGCGGCGGGGGCGACGAUCGCGGGAUCGACGGUCGAUCUACCCCACGUCCGAGGGCGACUCGCCGCGGCCCGAUUGACUCGCGACAAGCCAACGCGAAUGGGACCAGAGGAGAGCGCGACGCACGUUUUCGGGGAUGCGGAACUGAGUGCGAGGUGCGUUGCCGGAUUCGCGCUAGGACGGUGCCACGCGGCGAUGAUCAGUCGAGAGUGGAUCUGACGAAAUGUUAAGCCACAUACAAUCGUAAGCGUAGCACUGAACAAUAAUCGUAUCAAUGAAAUAGAAUUAAUCGGAGCACGAGUAGAUGACAUUUCCCCCCCGAGAUGCGCGUAGGUGUCUCGUAGAACGAAAAAAAGGGAGAGUAAAAAUUGUCCGUUGCAAUUAGAGGAGUUUUCAGGUUGCAAAGUUUUUCUUGCCCCCCUCUCUUUGUUUCUCUUUCUCUCUCUCUGGUUUAGAGAGUUUUUUGUUAUUACACCUGCAUCAAAUAUUGGCAGACUAAACUGAGGUGCUUUGGAAAGAAGAAAAAAAAUGAGAGAAACAGUUCCUUUUGAAAAAGUAUGUAUCUGAUAUCGUUAGAGAACCAAUAGGCACACAUGUUUCUAGUUUAUCUCGUAUAUAUAUGUUGCGACGACGUUUGACGCCCAGAAUUAAUAUUCACGCGACAGAAUCGUCUCUUCUCGCAGCCAAACUUAUCCCUAACGCCGAGCUCGGCGGUAAUUAAACACGACCGGAGUUGGAAGUUUCGCGUUCGCGUAUUGGCAAUAAAUUCGAUUCGUUGAACAAGGCAGGUGGAAGUGUACAUCGAGCUCGAUGUUGAUAUCGCGAUAUCGGCGAGGGGAAGCAAGAAGCAAGAGAAAGGGGGGUUGAAGCGACAAAGAAUGUAUACUAAGAGACAUAAUUCCUUAAGAAAGAGUCAAAAAUGAAUCUCUAGUUCGUAGCGGUCCAAAGAGUACGCAUAUAAUCCACAACAAGUUCUAAGAUUUAGAGUUAAGUAUCGUAGGAUCAGAUGGGAACGUUGCUAAUUAUAUCAUAAGCUUUGUCCUUCAUUAUCGCUUUCGCCUCCUACAACUCCUCUCUUCUCUGCGACACGCGUCUCAAAAUUCCAGUCGGAUUUUGCCCACGCGACAUAUCUCUCGCUAGAAAAAUGCUUUCGACUCGCUUUGUUCAAAAGGGAAAAAAAAAACAUACAUUAUACCGGCGAAUGUUGCGUGUGUACUCGUCAAGUCCAACGGAGGUCCGUUGGACUCUUAUGUACGUCCGGCGUUACGUGAAAACGAAAAAAAAAGAAUCUCUUUGCGUAGAGCGACCAAGAAGCGCGAUUAUACACGAGUUUCGACACAAAACACUUUAUACGAAUAUCCUUGAUCGCACAAGAGUAUCUCGUAAGCUUGCAAUGUCCGUACAUGCGAUAGAAUUGUGAAGGCAGACGAGCAAUCGGAAGCCCAGUACGAUUGUGUCUCAACAAUUUAGUGCCUGCGCUGUCGCGUUCCUAGAGAUAGAUCUAAAUUUAUCGACCAUUUACUACGCGAGUAAACAGAAUAUAUAAAACAUACAUACACAUAUAUAUAUUAUUAAAUAAAUAAAUAUAUAUAUAUACAUUUACAUGCACGUAUCGUGCGAGAGAGAAUCUAUGAAAUAUAUUGAUAAAUGCGUAUAUACACGAUUAUUUAUGAAAGCUUGGCACUAUCUGCACUGUCUGUAGAUUACUUCUGUAAUGCCUAGCAACUGUCUCCACUCUGUGAUCCGUGUGCAAUACGUAGCUGCGAUUAUCCUCGCGAGCAUUAUCGUGAUUGUAUCGUUACCGUCGCUGUUGCCGCCGUUAUUAUUAUUGUCAUCAUUGUAGUUGCUGUUGGAAUCGCUCCUGCGCGGAGCGUCGUGCGAAACGACUCGCUUAGGAUAUUACCGCCCCGCACCUGACAUCGUCCGCGUUUAAAUUCGUCACUUUCGCGCCAUGCAUCCCACGUGACCAUCCGCGCGCGCGCGCGCGUUUCGAAGAGGAAGGCGCCGUUAUCACCGAUAGUGUACCUUUAACGCACCGCGGGACUCGCUGUAAGGGCCGUCGCACACAAAAUUGCAUAGCUGCAUAGCACAAGACUGUCUAGACCAAUAAGCAUGAGCGACUCAAUGCUCGAUGCUUAUUGGUCUAGACGGUCUUCUGCUGUGCAUAUGCAUUCUGUGUGCGAUGGCCCUACGGCUGAGUGUAAAGGCCUGCGUCCACGAUACUGGGACUUGGUCCAGGUGUAGCCAAUCAACUUUCCAGCGAGAGAUGACUCGUCGAAACGGUGUCGAAUCGACAUCGACGCUGUUAAAUUGACGUGGACUCGACGUCGUUCCGACAUCGAUCGACGAGUCACUUCUCCCGUUGGGGUGCGGCUACUCCGCAAAAGUCGAAUCGGCCGCGCGUUUCUCGGAACUAGAACUUGAACCAGGUUCUGGCAUCGUGGACACAGGCCUUAAGGGAUGCGUGCGCGAUGGCCAUAAUCUAAUAUGAUAGGCGGCCGGAAUGAAUAUAAUUGUACUUCUGAGUAAGAAUCUAGCGUAAGAGCGGUCGUUACCGUUUUGGAGUCGCCGUCGCGAAAUCGGGACGACCCGGAAACGAAAUUCGGGGAAGGUUUCCGUUCCGGGCUCGCGCGAUUUCCGGGGCGCGCGACGUCCUUCUUCUAGAGUAUUAUGUAAUAAGUCUAAAGAGAGAGAAUUAAUAAGCACACUUGUGUCAUCACGGUCCAGCGAUCGCGCAAAAUGAAUCUGCACAAAAUCUAUAAGUGGAUUUCUCGAGCUUGAGAAUAAUUAUCUCUAGGGUAGCUGACGCUUCGACGAUGCGGAUAUACACACACAUAUAUAUAUAUAUAUAUAUAUAUAUAUAUAUACACGAUAUUCUAAGUAUACUUUAAUCCGAUAUCACUUGUCAAGAGUAUAUUCGCGAGCGAGUUUCGCGCGCACAGAUCUUUUUCUCCGCCCUUGAACCACGAAAGAAGCGAAAGGAAACGGACGAAAGGGAGGGAGCAAAAGAAGGAACAAGCAGAGUGCCUAUUCUUUAUCUCGAAGACGCUCGCUCACUUUUGUAAUUCUCUAAUUCUAACGUGUAAGGAAUUAAGUAACACUUUUUGCACACUCUACUCUACUCCUUAGAGGCUCGAUGAUAACACGGGUGAAAAGGAAGAACGACAUUUCCUAGCGCUAGACACUUUGUAACGUCGUAAAGUGAUUUUCCUUAUUCUUUGACGGAUCGACUUUGCGCGACGAUAAACGAGCAACGUGUAAUUAUACACGGCGCUCUCUUGUUAGGACUAAUUUCGUUUUAUACACAGUGCGUGUCUCAAGGUUUAUAAUCAAGCAGUUUUCGACUUUAAUCAUCAGCUCCCGAGCAUUGUUAUUCGCUGAGCAAUUUGCAAACGGGAGAAUAGGCUCUAGCGAGUACGCAGCUAAAAAGAGUUUUCUCGCAUUGCGCAUUAUCGCGUGCCAAACCGACUCACUGCGCUAACAUUAAUCGACGGACUCGUGACCGCCGAGGCGGUCGCGAUUCAUCCAACGACCAAAUUAAUCGCAAUGACGACUGUAGAUUAGAAAGGUCGAGAUUUUCUUCAUAUCGUAAUGAGGAAUAAAUGAACGCAAGGGGAAACGAUGCCGUUGAUCCAAAUAUGGGGAAGUGUUUGGAUCUCAUCGCUCGUUUCCCCUCCCUUAAAAAAAAUAUAUAUUUCACAGAAAGUUUUGAAUACGAAAGAAAUUUCAAACUAUGCAAUUAAUCUACUAUUGUUCAUUGACCAACGUAGUCGCGAUUAGGGAAAAGCUAUUGACUAUCGUAGAAAAGACGAGGAAUUAGCUUCUAACUAGAACGUACGGCGAAAGUCGGAGAACUUCAGGAUAACGUCUCUCUUUCUCCAUUUGAUAUCGAUUAGUUUCGACUUGCAAUUAGUAUCCCGCGAGAUAACGCGGGUGUGCACUGGGGAUCCCGAAAUUGCAGACGUUCACCGUCAAUGAUUCCCGUUCCGCGAGGAACGGCGACGGAUAAUCAAUGCAGUUGGUACAAAUGACGAUUAUUUCGACGACGAGCAAGCGCGAUUGUAUUUUUCAACGAUGUCGGGAGAACCGAACCUUCAUCGAGUACCGUGCGAGCAAUUGUAAUUAUAAUUUACCCCUAAUGGACUUUUGAGUGUAACUUCGAACUCAGCACGAACAUAUUGUCACCCAAAAACGUACUCCUACUUCACACCGUGAACGUUUAUUGCCGCGCGAUAUUACUAUAUCUUGUAAGCCGACGAAGUUAAGUCGUUUCUUCUUACAUGUAACCAGCGAUAAGAUUUAAUCUAAGCGCUAAAACUGCUUGCUCUCGCGAGACUAUGCGGUGGUAUAUUAAUUGAUAUUAUUAAGCUUCUGCGGAUUGCUAAAGUUCGUCGUAUAUAUACGUAUAUAUCUUCAAUUUUAUGCUUUGCAUUUAUUAUUAUUCACGAGAUAGACGGAACUACUUCUGUCUGUCUUACCGUUGCUCGAGUAGCAGAUCGUCAACGGUACUCACGACACAUUGUGAUCUGAUAAUAGGAUAUAAAUUUUCAAUAAUACGCGU